GAGACUACUCACAAGGUUGCUGAAAACUCUUCGACAGCCCACGACCGCCUUCGCCCCUCUUGGGGCUCAUCAGGUUGUCGCAGUCCCCGAGUUUCCGUCAACCUUAUGAUCUACUUGAACCCAAAUUGGAAUGUUUUCGAGAAAUACACUCAUUUGCAAAUCAAUUUGGUUUUCACGAGAAACUAUACAGAAUCUCUCGUUUAUGCGAAUCUUGAGUUCAGUGCUUUCUUCCUUUCGUAUGAACUCACCAUAAUCGUAACGUCAGGAGAGGAGGUGCAGAAGGACUACUCAAACCAAAGUGACGUGCAUGUGGAUAAAGAAUGGGAAAAUUAUCAAAAGAAAUACACUCAUCUGCAAAUCAAUUUGGUUUUCACGAGGGGCUCAACUGACGCUUAUGAUAUUCUACAACCGAAUGUGCUGCACACAGGCCACUUCAUGAUUCAGUUGGCACGAUAUUCGAGAUAUCGCAGUAUAUUCUCAUAA